CUCUUUCUCUCUCUCCCCUGUUAACCCAAAAAAAAAAAAAAGGAAAAAAAGGCUACACCACCUUCUAUUUCUGGCGCCAUUUGAAGCAACCUUUCUAUGUUUCAAACUUCACCUCCUUUUUUUUUGUUUCUCUCCCGCUUCUAAUUAACGCAAAAAAGCUCCCCAACGAAGUACAGUUACAGCCAACUUUCUGUCUUUUUGGGAAGGACCCAAUUCUUGGUUUGCCAUUUUUCAAAAUGGAAGAGAAGGAGAGCACGAUAUCUGGGUCACUAGGCAACUCGGACACUGACUCACCACCUGCACCAGUGAGUAGCCUGGUGCUGCCGCAGGUCAUGAACAUGGAUAUGAAUAUGAGCAUCAACAUGACCUUGGAAAGAAGCCUUGAUAGUGCAGCAACAGCGACAGCAACAGUUGGGGGAGUAGGAGCAGGAGCAACAAUAACUGCAGCAACAGCAAUUCCAGGAUCAGGAGGAGGAACGUUAGGGAGUCCUGGCAGUGGAGGGCUUGAUUCUUUAGCAAAGAAAAGGAGAGGGAGACCGAGAAAAUAUGAUGCAGAUGGGAACCUUAGGUUACCAUAUCCGGUAGUGACAACUUCACCUCCUGGCUUCACUUUAUCUCCUUCUUCUCCCUCUGAGUUCUCCUCUUCCAAGAGAGGUCGAGGCAGGCCUCCUGGUUCUGGUAACUGGCAGCUUCUUGCUUCUCUAGGUGAGUUGUUCGCUAACACGGCUGGAGGGGACUUCACGCCACAUGUGGUCACAGUUAAUACUGGUGAGGAUGUUGCAGGAAAAAUUCUUUCAUUUUCGCAGAAGGGUCCUCGUGGGAUUUGUAUUCUGUCAGCCAAUGGAGCUGUUUCUAAUGUUACUAUUCGGCAACCUGGUUCGUCUGGUGGCAUUUUAACAUACGAGGGCCGCUUUGAGAUAUUAUCCUUAACUGGUUCGUUUACUGUCAGUGACACUGGUGGUGUAAAAUGUAGAACUGGUGGGUUGAGUGUUUCAUUGGCUGGACCGGAUGGUCGCGUAAUAGGUGGUGGACUUGCUGGUAUAUUGGUGGCUGCUAGCCCUAUACAAAUUGUGGUAGGAAGCUUCAUGCCAAACGGUUACAAAGUGCAUAAAAGGAAGCAUUAUCGUGAGCACGCGGUGGCUUCCACAGUCGCCGCUGCUCCUUCAGCCGCGGUGACAGCAGCAAGGCCAAUCUCACAAGCAAAACCUGAAGGUGACAACUGUAUGACACCAACGUCCCCAUUUCCAGGGGAAAGCCUUGGGGAAGGAGACAAUAGCACAAUUGAUAAACAUGUACCAAAUGCUACAUCUUCUCAUGCUGCUGCUGGUUGGAAUGGCUCGGAGCCCACAUCAAUCCAUCGGCCAUCCCCUGAUAUUAACGUGUCCGUGCCUAGUGAAUAGGGUGUCUAAGGUUUACAUUUUAGAGUCUUGGAGGCUGACGUGAUACACUCACUGAAACUAAUUUUAUUCACAUUAUCACUUGUAACAAUUAGAUCGCAGAAUUUUCUACAAUUCUGUGUGAUAGCCAGAUAUUGAACUUUCUUUUUUUCCCUUUCGGUGGAGGUAGGAGAGCUAGCUACGUUGUCAAAAGCAUUUUCAUUUCCAGAAGUGCUGAUACUCAACUUUGCCAAAUUUAGACAGAUUCAUCAAUUAUUUUAUGUUGGCAACACAUUUGUUGUUGUUACUGCUG